AUGGGCUUGAUCCUGUCGAGCUGUGUCUCGUGUUCAGUUUGGCUUAUUAACUACUUUCUCGAUACGUUCCUUCCACCGAAACUGAUCAAUGAAAAGUUUCCGCAAAUUUCCAACAAGGCAUGCGCUCUCACGUACAGUGAGGAAAGUUCUGCCGAGGUACCAAGAUGCCUCCAAGGCCGACACUUCCCUACAGAGCUCCUUUUCCAGAUCCUCGACGAGGUCGAUAUCUCAGACGACGGCUUCCUUUGGCUAAACUGCCGGCCCGUAUGCCAUGACUUCAAAUUCCGGGUGGAGGAGAUUUACUACAGAAACUACAUCCCACGGCUUCAACUUGCUACUUUGGUCUACGCAAACCCGAUUACUCCCCCCACGUCCUCCUCCUCACCCUCAGAUCCAACACAUGUUUCUUGGAGACAUGACAUCCCGGAAACAUUCUACAGCAACGAGAGCACCGACCCAAAACGCAUAUAUCUCGACCCUCCAACUGUCACCUCUCCCAUCCCAGAACGUAUAUUAACCUACUACACGCCCUCACGCAUCCCGCACCCAGACCCCACCAAAGUCCUGUUUGAGCUAGCUAAGCCCUUGAACCCAUGGAACUCACUGUACAUCAAUGACGCGAACAUCGCGACACGGAACGGGGAUGGAAACGGAGAAACUAUCGCAGCGUCAUUCCACCACUACACGCGCGCAGCUAGCUCUUUCUGCGGCUCUUUUGCGGACAGAUAUGUUGGGUACUACGCUGUACGAUUAAUCAAGCCCUCAAAUAGCGAGGAGCAUCGGCGGCUGCUGGAGUAUGUACAACAGCAGCGCGAUGAGAAGGAUCUUGUGCGUUAUCAUGAACAUCAUCAAAAUGGCUGGUCCUCUUACUGGGCAUUCAAUCAAGAUCUUCGUCGUGCAAAUACCUCGAGUUCAUGGCCGUUGUGGUCGGACACGACGGAGAACGUAGUGCGGCUUCUUCCUAUUGUGCGAUGCGAUUUCAAGGGAAGUGUGACGGAUGGGGGGUUUUUGGAAAUCGAUUGGCGCACGCUCGUUGGGCAAUGCUGUAGAGUUAGGGAGGAGCAUCGUUUCGUAGAUUGGGGUACUGAUCUGAGGGUCGUUGGUGUGGGUGGUGGAGGUUUUGGGAACGGGAGGACCAGUGGGAUUGGUAGGAUCAAGGCAUUACGAGCCCAGCAUGUGCUUUGGUGCACGUAUGGGGGACUGUUGGGGAAUUGGGUGUCUUAG